UUCCCGGGCUCUUUGUGGGGCCGCGAGCUCGGUGGAGAACCGAGAGCUCCGUGCGCUCUGCCGACGCAGCUGGCAGUGGGGCUGUCUCCGGAAGGCGGACCGGCGAACGCCUAGUGCCCGCAUUCCGCCGCCUGCCGCGCCUGUCUGCGCUCCUGACAUCCUUACUCGGGACGCAGUGACCGUUUUUAAAUCACAAGGGCGUGGGUCAGCCUCCCCUAGGACUUCAUGUCUGUAUAUUUCCCCAUUCACUGCCCCGACUAUCUGAGAUCUGCCGAGAUGACUGAAGUAAUGAUGAACACCCCAUCCAUGGAGGAGAUUGGCCUCAACCCCCGAAAGGAUGGCCUUUCCUACCAGAUCUUCCCCGACCCGUCGGACUUCGACCGUUGCUGCAAGCUCAAGGACCGCCUGCCCUCCAUCGUGGUGGAGCCCACGGAGGGCGAGGUGGAGAGCGGGGAGCUCCGGUGGCCCCCUGAGGAGUUCUUGGUCCAGGAGGAUGAGCAGGACAACUGUGAAGAGACAGAGAAAGACAACAAGGAGCAAUAGAGUCCCUGUCGACUCCCUCGGGGGCCACAGCAGACAGCAUCUGUCCCUGAACUGUGUUCUUUCCCAUUGUGAUGGAAGAAGGGAGUGAGCCACCAUAGUUUGGAACAUGUCAGAUGAUGGCUUCCGUUUUGCACCUGCAAAUCACCGAGUUGGUUUUCUUUUCUUUUCUUUUUUCUUUUUUUGAAACGUGCUGGGCAGUGGAGCCCUCUGCGACAAUUUGCAAGGCCUUCUGAGAAAGGAAGCUGCUUAGAGCAGGGGUGGGGGGUGCGGGGAAGUGGUGCGUCUUCGAGAUCGGUAUCUGAACCCGCGCAGGCCAGAGGCAGCGGUGGGAUUCCAGUGGGUUCGGGGGUGGGGGGACGGGGGAUGUGCAUCGUGAGCAAGGAACAUUCAGGGUAAGAGAACAAACAGGAGAUAGGAGACGGAAGAGAAAACACACGUUUGAAAGGAAGCAUCGAGCAGAGGAGUGCAGCCAGGAAGUUGCCUGCCAGCGGCUGCUGGGGCAUCAGAAAACACCGUGUUCAUCUUUCUCUCCAGUCCUGCCCACCACCGGCCUUUGCUUUACUUCAGCUGUGUUGGUCUGUUCAUGGGAGGCUGGGAAAGAAGAGCAGUAGAAACUGGCCACCUGCAAAGCCGGCUGGAGGCAAGCGUGGGAAAGAAGGACUCCCUGCGCCGCCUCCACCCUGCUUCUCCUCUACCUUCUGCUCCAGCUGUGGCUGGUUCACAGACCCUCCAGUAAUCUGGAGGUUUUCUUAAGAGGCAGCACUCUUGAGCUUCUCUCUCCUGAUUUAUCCUUUUGCCCUCCCCCAGCCCUUUGGGAGUAGCGGGAGCACUUCCCACCCUUGUGGGAGGACUGAGGUGGACGCUCAGACACGAAGAUCCCUUCCCCCUGCUCUCCCAGGUUUGCCGUGUUCUGAGCUGAGGCAUGGAGCUCUGGCUCUACCAGGCUGGCCCUCCUUCUCCUUAGCAUCCCCUCUGCAGCCCCGGGGCAGAGCAGUUGGGCAGAGGUGGUCCCCAGCCUGACCAGCGUUGAUACCCACUUCAGUGUGGGCUCUGGCCCAUUUUCUGGUGGGAGUUGAGUGGAGAGAAGAGGAGACUCUUCUGUUUCUUGUUGGGGAGGUGAGCUUUAAUGGAGGUCCCAGAUCUGGGAACUAUCAGAUGGGGGUAACAGGGCUCUCAUGCAACACCCUGGGGACCAAGUUUGAAACUGAAGGUGUCGUGGGAUCCCCAGGCUUCUUGUGUUCUGGACGCCGGUGGGUGGAUGGCAUGGUGAGGGAGCACCGAGCAUUUGUCCUCAUCCCUCCCCUCCUCCCACCUGUCCCCUGCAAGGGUGCAGUUGCAUGAGAAAGCUAGCCUUGGACUUAGAGCUUCUUACAACGAAGAACCUUCUGGGGCAGCAGGUUGCGGGACACACUCUUCAGACCUUCUCUAGCUCACAGCACGUGUGUGGCCAACAGGUGAGCUCACGAUCCUCUCGGAGGCUGCUCUGGGCCAGCAGAGGUACCCUGGCAGCUCUCCAGUGGGUCUGGGGUGACCCCAGUUUGGAACUUGUGUAUAGAGCUGUAUUUAAUACCUCAAGGUUAGUGUGGUUCUGGGGAGCUGGGACAGGAGGAUGAGGGUGUGCAGUUGACAUCUCAGCAGGACUUGGCACUGGGAAGCUGACGCUCACCCCUCCUCCCCCGCUCCCUCUCCCCGUGUUGUCUGCUUGUGUUACACACACCGAUGGCAAUAACUUCUUCCAGCUCCUUGGGAAUGGGCGAGGCCUGCAGCCUGCAUAGCCAGGGCGUCUGUCUUGUGCUCCUGCGGGUUCUUUGGGCUGCAGAGAAUCCUCCCUCCUUCCUCAUUCCCGCGCAGCAGCAUUUCUCAUCCCGCACCUGCCUCCCUUUGUGGAUGGGGUCUUGCCUUUUAAAAUCCUGUGUUUCUGUGUCCCUCUCAUCUGUCCUGGGCUUGCUGUGUGAUGGGAACGUGCUUGUAAACUGCAUAACAAAUCUACUUGUGUAUAUGUGUGUUUAUGGGGGUGACUUAUUAUUUUGCUGGUCGCUAGACACCUUUGUAUGACCAUUUGGAGUCUGGGCAGGCCGGGGGCUGACAACUCGGGUCAGGACCUGCAGCAGUGAUCCUGUUGGAGGAACCCAGCCACUCUUGGACAAGUGGCUGAGCUCCUGUCUGGCUUCCUAUUUUUUUUUUUUUAAGUAACUUGUGUGUAUUUCUAACUGAUCGUAUUAAAAAACAAAAAAACCCCGACCCUAGUAUUUCAGUAAAAAUGCCUGUUGUAAGAUGAACCUCCUGUAACUUCUAUCUGUUCUUUUUUGAGGCUCAGGGAGAAACUAGCAUUUUUUUUUUCCAAACUACUUUUUGUCACUGUGACAGUUGUAAAUAAAGUUUGAAAAUGCUUUCCA